AUGACUACGUUGCGACGACUUCUGCGGCUCAAGAUCAUCGUAUUGGCGACCCUGUUCAGCUAUUGCGGGCUGCUGGUCAGCUGGCCUUGGCGGCAAAGGGCGCCGGCGCGGCAGCUCCGCUGGCGCAAUUGGAUUUUCGAGCAAUGGGCGGGCGUGCUGCAGCGGGCUCUGGGCUUGCGGGUGGAGUGUCAGGGCGAGCCGCCGGAGGGCGAUUUCUUCCUGGUUUCGAAUCACCAAACCUACCUCGACAUCAUCGUCCUCGGCAGCUUUACCAGCGCCUCCUACGUCGCCAAACUCGAUCUUCGCAGCUGGCCGGUCAUCGGUGGUGUAUUGCGGGCCGCCGAUACGAUUUUCGUCGAUCGCGGUCGGAAACGGGAUCUGCUGCGGGUGAUGCGCUUGAUCGAUGACAGCCGGGCCCGUGGACUCGGCGUUCUACUUUUUCCAGAGGGCACUACCGGGCGCGGGGACUGCGUACUGCCGAUCAAACCAUCGUUGCUGGACUACCCAGCCCGGCGGUCGAUUCCGGUUCAUUACGUCACCCUGAGCUAUGCCACCAGAGAUCCGCAACGGCCGGCUCAAGAGUGGGUGUCGUGGUGGGGUGAAAGCGAGUUCGGGCCACACUUCUGGCGGCUGCUGAAGCUGCCACGAAUCGACGUUCAAGUGCGCUUUGGUGAAGCUCCGAUCAGCGACCCGAUGCGCAAGCAACUGGCGGACCGGCUGCACCUGGCGAUGAGCCGGCAGUUCGAAAGUUCAGACUGA